UUUAUUUUGGGGCGUUCAUCUCUGAGCGGUUUUUUUCCUCCGAUGUAAAAGCUGUCUAUUCUCAGAGUGAGACGAAGAAGCUGUCUGGAGCCAGUUGAGAGGAAACUGCUAGCAUGUAAUGUAGCAUCUGUGUUUGACAAUAUGAAGAAUGGAAGAAGACGACGUUUCCAUCAGAGAGCAGAACUUCCACAGCCAAGUUCGCGAGUACAUCAUCUGCUUCCUCCUGUUUGCAGUCCUCUACAUCGUGUCCUACUGCAUCAUCACCAGAUACAAGAGGAAGAGUGAUGACCAGGAAGAUGAAGAUGCUGUCGUCAACAGAAUAUCAUUGUACCUGUGCACCUUCACCCUGGCCGUGUCGGGUGGUGCCGUCUUCCUGCUGCCUUUCUCAAUCAUCAGUAACGAGAUCCUGCUCUCCUUCCCAAAGAACUAUUACAUCCAGUGGCUCAACGGCUCCCUCAUCCAUGGCCUGUGGAACCUGGUGUCCCUGUUCUCCAACCUCUGCCUCUUCGUCCUCAUGCCCUUUGCCUAUUUCUUCCUGGAGUCGGAGGGAUUUGCGGGGUCUAAAAAGGGCAUCAGGGCGCGCAUCCUGGAGACAUUUGUGAUGCUCUUCCUGCUGGCUCUGCUCAUCCUGGGCAUCGUGUGGGUGGCGUCAGCGCUUAUAGACAACGAUGCAGCCAGUAUGGAGUCUCUGUACGAUCUGUGGGAGUUUUACCUCCCGUACCUGUACUCCUGCAUAUCUCUGAUGGGAGGCCUGCUUCUCCUCAUGUGCACCCCAGUGGGACUGUCCCGGAUGUUCACCAUCAUGGGCCAGCUGCUGGUGAAGCCCACAAUCCUGGAGGACCUGGAUGAGCAGAUUUACUGCAUCCAUUUGCAGGAGGAAGCCCUUCAGAGGAGAUUAAACGGAACCUGCUCUCACGCCUACACUCGAGGAAGCUCCUCUCACCAGCUCAACAGAGAACUGGAAACCAUUAGGACCCUGAAGAACAAACUGGAGAGAAGAAAGAAGGCCUCGGGUUGGGAGAAGAACUUGUUAUAUCCCAUAGUGAUGCUGAUCCUGCUGGCAGGAACUACUAUUUCAGUCCUCAUGGUGGUGUUUAACAUCCUAUACCUCCUGGUGGAUGAGACUGCCAUGCCCAAAGGAUCCACGGACCGGGGCAUCGGGAACACGUCCCUCUCCACGUUCGGCUUGGCUCAGGCGGUGCUGGAGAUCAUCCUCAUGUUCUACUUGAUGGUAUCAUCUGUGGUGGGCUUCUAUAGCCUGCGGGUCUUCCAGGGCCUCACUCCCAGGAACGAUGACACCACCAUGACAACGAUCAUCGGCUGCUGUGUGUCCAUCCUGGUGCUGAGCUCAGCCCUGCCAGUGAUGUCCAGAACUCUGGGUAUCACCAGGUUCGAUCUCCUGGGAGACUUCGGGAGGUUUAACUGGCUGGGAAACUUCUACAUCGUGCUUUCAUACAACGUGCUGUUCGCCGUGGUGACGACACUCUGCCUCGUGAGGAAAUUCACCUCAGCCGUGCGGGAGGAGCUUCUGAAGGCCUUAGGUCUGGAUAAAUUGCAACUGUCAAACAGCCCGACGGACCCAGAGUCUGGGAAGCUCUCGGCCAACGGGCAUCAGAAAACUUUGUGAGAAAAGUGACGAUAGAUCAACACACACACACACACACACACACACACACACACACACACACACACACACACACACACACACACACACACACACACACACACACACACACACACACACACACACACACACACACACACACACACACACACACACACACACACACACACACACAGCACUGAGAGGUGGAAAAGGGAUUGGAAGGAACUUAAUAAACCCGUCUGACGGAUUCUGCAACACGGGAGGCGGAGAGCAAUUUAGCUUCGUGACAUUCCAUCCCCUGCGUCUCUCGAUGGGAGGCUGGGCGAGAGCCAGGGAUGAGACGAGGAGGGGGAAUAAGACUGGCAUCACUGCAGUGUGACCUCCACCAUCUAUCGUUUGCUAACUGGUUUCUACUUCCUCCUGCCUCGACUCCUCCCACAUUUCAAUUAGACUCAUUAUGAAGUGUCAGUACGUCCGUUAAUCUGAUACAGGCAUCAUGAGGAGUCCUUUUUCAUUAGUCUGAAGCUCAAAAUGUGAAAAAUACAAAGCAUUGAGUCACUCAUUCAUCACCGUUCACUAGACUUUACGUGAUAUGCAUUGGCACGUCUGAUUGGUCAUCAUUAUGGAUGAUGUCAUCGUGAUUAAACUCGAGCAGAGAAACAUUAUUGGAUGAAUUUCCCCCAAAAUGUCAUUAUGCACAUACGAAAUGUCCUUUCCCUCCCCUGAAUAUACUUUACCCUCACACACACACACGAUGUAAACGUUGUAUUUACCUGUACACACCUCCUCUGCAUCACUGGGAUGUACACACCGGGCUCCUGAGGCUCUGAGCAGUCUUUGUUGUACAUAUUCCUUUUUCUACAAAUACCUGGGUCUGAUGCAAGCCUGUCACGUCUACAGAGGGAAGGUGUGCAACAGGUCCCCCCCCCCCCCGUCCAUGUAGUUUAUUACAGAAUCUGAACUGGGACAGAACCACCGGAAAUGCCUUAAAAGCAUCUGGCAGGCUUCAUGUUUAGGUCGUUGUUGUUUGUUUGUUUGUUUGUUUAUGUGCACGUUGUCUCUAGACAGCUCCACUGUGAUCCCCUUUAAAGCCAGCUGAAACACACACACACACACACACACACACACACACACACACACACACACACACACACACACACACACACACACACACACACACACACACACACACACACACACACACACACACACACACACACACACACACACACACACACACACACACACACACACACACACACACACACACACACACACACAGCUUCUCUCUAUGAAUGUGGUCACAGUAGCUCUUAUCCAAUGAGAGGCUCCAGUUUGAGACUCAUUACCCAGAGGCACUUGCGAGUGAUUCAACGUGUGUUAAAGGAAGGACUUUUUUAUUUAUGUACCGGUCUGAGAGACGGGGAAGUCUCUCCUCACGGCUGUCAACCAUUGGUUGAUGCUUUAUUACAAAGACUGGGUUUAAAGGAAGUUAAAUCACAGAACGUACGGGAGAUCUGCAAAGUUUCUGAGUCAAAAUACGGGAUCUAAAACGGGAGAUUUACCAAAAAUACUCUGCAUAUUUCUUAGUAUUGUCAUUUCACAUGUUUAUAGAGUGUUCUUUUAUGACUGUACGCAUCAUUCGAUCCUGUGUAAAACUCAAGAAAAAAGGGAUGAUAUUUCAAAUGGAACAAUCUCAUUUUCGAUAUGAAACAUCACCAUGAAGCAUUAACUCAAAGUCUUUACUGUAAGUGAAGCAGCUUCUGUCUGUGGGGGUCAGUCCUUCAGCGGGGGGGCUCUGCACGUCAUUUUUUGUACAUGUUUCGUGAAUGUAUUUUUUACGAUUUUCUCCGUUUGCUAACCGUACGUUUAGUUAUUUUGUUGAUGUUUGUGUGUUUGCAAAUAAAAGUAAAAGAUGCUUUGUGGAAA